AUGGCCGACUUAACUUGGCAACAGUCGCUGGUGCGCGAGACGGACGCCGCCAAGAGAGAAUGGAUGGCUUUGGAACGCCGUUAUCAUUUGAAGCUAUGUAAUUUAGAUGCUGAGAAGCAGGUCAAACAUGUGUGUCUUUUUUUGAGUCUAUCAGAUCAAGAGUUGCCAGCGCGAUUUAAAGGGCAAUUGAAACUGCAGAUGACGCUGCCAAAAAAGUAUCCAGUAGACCCUGUUCAAGUGGAUUUUGUGCAAUGGAGCAAUCAACUGUCGAACGAUCAGAUUAAAGCGCUGAACAUCGCGGUGGGUGCCAAAGCUCAGCAGCUGUGUGGAGGUUUUGCGCUAAGGAAGCUGCUGACCUGGAUUGACAAUAAUAUUUGGUGUGUCAUUGCUCCAUUCGAGAUCAAUCAUGAGAUGGUGAAAGAAGUGGCAGAAUUGAGAAUCACACGGGAAGAAGAUGCGAAUCGGGUUUUAUCUGAGAAAGAAAAGCAUAGAAAACGAGGCUCAGGGCGUCAUUGCCGCUAUUUCGUACGAGGAUUCUGCAGAGUGGGAAAAACUUGCAAGUUUGCACAUAUCGAAAAUGAGAAGUUGAAGGCUGAAAAUGGUGGUGGAGAUUUAGUGUCUUUUGAUGUAAACGAUUUCUCAAUCAAUAGCGAAGCUGAUCCAGCAAAGCCUUCUGAAAAAAGGAAUAUCGUGGCUACAGCAGAAUUAACAAAAAGCAGAAAAAGUAUGGUGCGCAGAUGUAUAUUUUUUGCGCAGAGUAAGUGUCGCUAUGGAGACAAUUGCAAGUUCUUGCACACGGUUAAAAAUACCGGGAUGAAGAAGUACAUUGAGACACAAAGAUCACUUCCCCUGCCACCUGCUGUCGUUGGUAUACUUGGUAAAAUUACAUCUGUAGCAACAGCUUCGAAUGAGGAUGUUACGAAUGAAAACUCUUCACAUAUCUCUGGAUAUGAAAAUUGCGGCGUGAAAAGUAAAAAUAGCCAAGAGUGGUCCGAAUCGCAGCAACGAGCACUGGAUGUGGCCCUUAAGAAGUAUCCAGCAACAAUGGAUAAAAAGAAAAGAUGGACGAACGUUGCAAAGGAAGUCGAGGGGAAGUCUUUGAAUGAGUGUAUCGAUCGUUUUAAAUUGCUGUGUGAGCUUGUGCGGCGCGGUGUUGAUCUUAACGCGACUGUCACCGCUUGCACUACGGCGGAAAACGAAAAUAUUGCAGCGGAAAAAAUAAAUCUCCAGAUUCUUACCGAUAACCAUAAAAUUACGCCUCCUGAGCAGCGCGUCACUAUUGAGACCGAACCUGAUGUCAAGGGCACUCAAAUCCGUCUUGAGGAUUUGGUUUUGCACCAAGUUGGCACGCUUGUUGCCCAUCGCCUCGUUUGCCAAGUCCAACUCUCCGAAACUGCAAAAGUGGUGCCCAAGAUGCAGCGUGCUUCAUCAUGUGCUAAUGAGGCCUGUGUUUGCACAUUCACACAGCGAUACACUCGCUUAUGUGGACACGGAUAA